UGGGUGAAGCGGCAGCGCUGCGCCGUGAGUCUGGACCCCGCGCGGGCGCUGCUGCGCUGGUGGCGGAGUCCGGGGCCCGGAGCCGGCGCCCCCGGCGCAGAUGCUUGCUCUGUGCCUAUUUCUGAGAUCAUCACCGUAGAAGAAACAGACACUCACGGGAAACGCUCCAGCAGCGGAAAAUGGCAGAAGAUGGAAAAGCCCUUCGCUUUCACAGUGCACUGUGUGAAGAGAGCCCGCCGCCGCCGCUGGAAGUGGGCGCAGGUCACCUUCUGCUGUGCCGAGGAGCCCUUGUGUCACCUGUGGCUGCAGGCCCUCCAGGAGCUGCUGGCGAAGCUCACAUCGAGACCAAAGCAUUUACUGGUGUUUAUUAAUCCGUUCGGAGGGAAAGGACAAGGCAAGCGGAUCUACGAACGGAAAGUGGCACCGUUGUUUACAUUAGCCUCCAUCACCACCGAAAUAAUUGUUACUGAACGAGCAAACCAGGCCAAGGAGAGUUUAUAUGAGAUCAACAUAGACAAAUACGAUGGAAUCGUCUGCGUCGGUGGAGACGGCAUGUUCAGCGAGGUCUUGCACGGCCUGGUCGGCAGGACGCAGCGGAACGCCGGCGUGGACCAGAACCAGCCCAGGGCAGCGCUGGUGCCCAGCCCGCUCAGGAUUGGCAUCAUCCCUGCGGGGUCAACAGACUGUGUGUGUUUUUCGACGGUGGGCACGAACGAUGCGGAGACGUCCGCUCUGCACAUCAUCGUGGGGGACUCGCUGCCCAUGGACGUGUCCUCCGUGCAUCACAACAGCACGCUGCUGCGGUACUCCGUGUCCCUGCUGGGGUACGGCUUCUACGGGGACAUCAUCAAGGACAGCGAGAAGAAGCGGUGGAUGGGUCUCAUCAGAUACGACUUCUCAGGUUUGAAGACCUUUCUCUCCCAUCACUGCUACGAAGGGACGGUGUCUUUCCUGCCAGCACGGCACACGGUGGGGUCUCCGAGGGACCGGAAGCCCUGCCGGGCAGGAUGCUUUGUGUGCAGGCAAAGCAAACAGCAGCUGGAGGAGGAGCAGAAGAAGUCGUUGUACGGUUUAGAGAACACGGAGGAGGUGGAAGAGUGGAAGGUGGUCUGCGGGAAGUUCCUGGCCAUCAACGCCACCAACAUGUCCUGCGCUUGUCCCCGGAGCCCCCAGGGCCUCUCUCCGGCCGCCCACUUGGGGGACGGGUCUUCUGACCUCAUCCUUAUCCGGAAAUGCUCCCGCUUCAACUUUCUGAGGUUUCUCGUCAGGCACACCAACCAGUAUGACCAGUUUGACUUCGCUUUUGUCGAAGUUUAUCGAGUCAAGAAGUUCCAGUUUCUGCCAGAGCAUGUGGAGGAGGAGGACAGCGACCUCAAGGAGCGGGGGAAGAUGCGGUUCGGGCCCGUGUGCAGUGACACGCCUCCAUGCUGCGGCGCUGCGUCCAACAGCUCCUGGAACUGUGACGGGGAGACCCUGAGCAGCCCCUCCGUCGAGGUCAGGGUCCACUGCCAGCUCGUUCGCCUCUUUGCACGGGGCAUCGAGGAGGGUCCUAAGGAAGAACGGGACAGCUGAGCCAUCCUCCCGCAUCACCUGCCUUGCUGUGCUUGGGAAGCGUGAACAUUAUUUAAGAAAAUUUCUGCAGAACAAUUAUGUUGAUACAUACGUUUAAACUUAGAAAUUUAUUUUUGAUAGUUAGAUCUUGAUUUUAGACAAAAUAUCUUUUGUCAACAAUUUCGUGAACAUACCUGGCAUUUUCAGCUCUCUGUGAACCUGUGGGUUGCGUUUCACAUAACUUAUUCUCAACAAACGGCACUUGUCGGUUUGGGGGCGCCGCCUUCUUAGAUUUUAUGCCAAUGGUGCAGAGUUUUCAAGGGCCCAUCCGUGGCUCUACUGCAGUCAUUUUAAGGACAGUGGGUGUGAGCAGAGCAUCUGGACGAGAGGUACCUAGCAGCUCAUUGAUCCACUUUGCAGGACUUACUCGAAGGUUUGUGAUCAGGUUUUGGAAAAUACCGGAUUGCCUUCAUGUUAUUUUCACCUUAACUUGUGCUCGGGACGCGCUUACUGGAUCCGGUGCAUCCUGGGCGGCUUCGGUGACCUGGGAGCAGGACCAUUUUAGGGAGAAGGACACGGACAGGAGGGACACUGUUUCUUUAAAAUCCCAGCCCUUGCUUUCAUCGUGCUAGUGCUUCUGGGACAAUCCAGCUGGUAGCAAGAACAAUCAUGAGCUCGGGACCUGGCAUCUAUUUUAAAUGUGGAGUACCGAAGCUUCAUAGCGACCCAGUGAGUAACAGGUGGGCCUCGUGGGGAAGCAGAAGGAAGCGGAAGGAAGCGGGUGCGCAGGACAUACAAAUGCACUUCGUGAAUUCUGUGUUCACUUCAAACCCGAGUGCCCGAGCCCUGCCGGGGGUGGGGUCCCGAGUGCCCGGGGCUCCUUGGGUGCAGGCCCCAAGUCCACAUACGUGGUCCAGACUUGUGCUUUUCUGCACACUUGAGUCUAUAUAUUUAUUGAAAAUGAUGUCCUUUUCAACCGGAAGACCGCACAUGGUGUCUCCGUGGUUAGCGCCAUGGACGUCUGCUGACGAGCCGGAGCCGCAGCGGCCGGGGCUUCCCUGUAGCUGUGACCCCCCCCCCCCCCCGGCCCCUGGGGCAGCCCUCGUCCGCGCUCUGGCCUCGUUUUCUUUGUAUGCACACUUAGGUAUGUGGAAGAUGCAUCGAAAAUAGCUCCAUCUGAAAUACAAGCUGCAGAGCCCGAACUCUGGUUUGCGGGGAGCAGAAGCCCGACUGUCAGAGGAGGUCGUUACUGACGCGCCGUCGUGCGCUUGGCUUACGGAGGUGCAGCUGGUCCUGUUGGCAUCAACAGGCAUCGUACGUUUUUAGAAUUCACUUGCAGCACUUGUAUUUUGAAGUAUACAUGAAAUCUCCUGCUUUAUCACUCAGUCCCAUCCAGGUCAGACAAAAGGGCAGCUUUAACAGUGGUUUUUUCAACAGACCAUAUUAUCAAGUAAUUGCAAAAAUGGCAUGGUCUACGAGGUCGUGGGUGGGCGCCGAGUCUGGGUACAGAGUGGACAGCUACACUGGCCGUUUGUGAUUCUCAGUGCUCGCUGCUGGUUGGAAGAAACCAGAGGACGGGCAGCUCCGUGUGGGAGCAGGGCCGCGCGUCAGGGCCCAGCCAGCCAGAACCGCGCCGUGGAAUGUGCUCCUUCGCAAGUUUCCCCGAAACAGUACUGGGCUGUCCUAAAACCCACUGCCAAUUUUAGAAAAACAGUCCAGGCCACGGUAAGCAUCUUCUGUUCCCCGAGAGAGCCGGCCCCGCCCCGGGCUUCCCGCACGGCUGCCCGCACACCGAUGUCCAGAACCGCAGGCCUUGGGGCUCUUCUGGGCGUGUGUGAUUGUCGGAACACCCCGAGAGUUCUCGAUGAUCUGCACACAGGACGCAAGGACCGUUCAGACAUUCCCACGUGGGCGAGAGGCACGGAUGUCCAGGAAGGCCCCACACCUGGACUCCAGGGACUUGGGAAAAAAAAAAAAAUGGAACUGAUGGUGGGUUAGUGAAAACUUAGGAUCAUCUAGAAGGUUAGUCUAUGUUUUAACUUCGUGACUUAUUGGUGCAAAAACACCAUGGCAGCCAUUACGCUCCGACCCUAUUCCUGCUUAUUCUCCUCCCCAAGUGAGCACCUGGUGCCCGGCGCCUUGCUGCCCGGUGGGCGGGCGUGACUGUUCUGGUACAAUCCUGUGUAACCGGCAAGUAUGGACUGAAAGGGUGGCUUUAUUUUCUUGUAAUCUUGCUGGUUUCAAGAUUGGAAAAUGGCAUAUUUGCUCUGAUAUGUUUGGGAAGACAAAAUAAAGUUACUUUGG